AAUUGCCUUUUAGGAAAAAUAUCAGUAGACAAAAAAUCGUGUUACUUACAUGUACGCACUAAAUAACGGUCAGUUAAACACAGACACAGUUAUAGUUUGAAAGCUAAGAGAAUGUCUAAAUAUUCACUGAAGCAUAUUCUCAUCUUCUCCGGCCCUAUCGUACAGAUACUACUGUGGACAACACUCAACAGUGCUAUCUACUACGCUGCAAUUGACAUCGGAAGUGAGGUUGUCAAAGACACAAUUUUGUCCGGGAAAUUCGUCAACUUAUUGAAAUCUUUGGAGGGCACGCUACUUCAGUACGGAGUCUUGUCUCUGGUCUUUGUAAUUUUCCUUCUUGGUGGUUUCUUUGCCGAUGUUUAUUUGGGCCGCUACAGAGCAGUUGCGUUGGGGCAGAUAUUCACUUCAUUAUGCAUGGUGACAACGACAGUUAGUUCCGUUGCUUUACACGUUGGAGACAACAAGAUCGUGACUAGCGCAUGCAUAUAUGUAGCUUUGGCAUUCUCCUUGCUAUUCUACAUAAUUGGGAUGUCUCUAGUCGGAAGCAACAUACUUCAGUUCGGAUCAGACCAGCUGAUGGAGAAGCCCAACGAGAGCCUGGGAGUAUUUGUACACUGGCUGCUUUGGGCUCAAGAUUUCGGUUAUCUAAUCGGCAAAAUGUUCCUUGUAGGGAAAAAUUGUCUCCCUAGAGACAACCAAGUCUUUAACCAUGUGCUGUGGUCUAUACCCAUUUAUUUUCUCGUGGUCCUGAUUGUGCUUUUAAUUGUAAGCUAUUGUACAAGACAUCGCUUUAACAGAGACCGUGUGAAGUACAACCCUUACAAAUUGAUUUACAAGGUCCUCAACUUUGCCCGUAAGAACAAGUACCCAGUAGGCCCUGUCUCAGCUUUCACUCGCUGCUACAACUUCCGACCAUCGCGGCUGGACUAUGCCAAGGAGAGAUAUGGCGGACCAUUCACUACCUCAGAUGUGGAAGAUGUCAAAUCAUUCAAAAAUGUGUUUUUGAUUCUGUUAGCUUUGGGACCUGUCUACAUUGCAGACCCACCCAUGCAGUCGUUUAUAUUCCACAUGUUUUCCAACCAUACUGGGGCAAUGAUAAGCUUUGGAACUAGUAAUGAAACUUGUGAGAAUAUUGAAACAAUUUUCUCGAGAAUUGGAGUACUGAUUGGAUUCCCUAUUUACAUGUGGGUAAUUUAUUCCGUAUUUAGAAACAGAACUCCUAGGAUAUUAUACCGUCUCAUAUCAGCAAUAUCGAUCUACCUUUUGGCGGUAACGAGCAUACUUGUUGCCGAUUUUACAGGCCAUCUCAUAUUGUACACAAGAAGUCACAACCACACUGAAUAUCAAGCUGGUUGUAUGUUUGUAGAACAUGAGCUACAAGAAACACUGCACCUCCACUGGGCGGUGAUAGCAAUACCGAGUUUUAUAGGAGGUAUUAGUCACGAUGUCGUGAUAGCUUCAGCUCUAGAGUUUAUAUCAGCACAAAGUCCCCAUGCAAUGAAAGGGGUUCUUGUUGGUAUCUUUUUUGCUACAAUUGGCAUUUUCAGAGUGAUUGGAGCAAUUUUUUUUAUUCCAUUCUCUUUGAAGGUUAUUUGGAAAUACGGCUAUCUUGGAAAGCACCCUCCAGUGAUCAGUUGUGGGUUUGGCUACUACUUGGUGUGUAUCACUGUUGCUUUGAUUGGUCUCGGUUCACUCAUCGUAGCCGUGAAGAGAUACAAGUAUCGCAGGAGAGACGAGGAGCCAUACUCACAGGCCUGUGUGGAAGAAAUAUUUGCCAGGAGACUAGCCAACAGAGCUGUAAGCUACGAUAGACAAGGGUACCAAGAACUGUCAGGUUCUAAUAUAAACAGUUGAUGUAGCUUGUGUGUAUUGUUUACUACGUAGAACAGAAGGUUCAAUUAAUUCUUGCAUUUAUAAACACAUUUGUACACUGGCUAUGGCUGUAUAGAACAAUGCAUUGUAUGUACAUGUCCUUAUAUGUACACAUAUUGUGCACACACAACUAAUGCUUACAUAAAUUA